ACAGCGCCGGCGGCAACAGUAACAAGUCACUGUAGCUGUACGUGUCGGCUCAGGAAUUACAGAAAAUUCAGCAGCUCCUCUUAGUUAGUAUGCGCUCGACUCUUCCGGUUUGCUUUAGUGAAGGCGCUUUUUCACACAGCUAGAGCAUUUGUGCGCAAACUUGGAUAAGACGCUUGGAUACUAGUCGCCAUGGGAGGGAGACGCAGGGGAACACCUGGGUCUGAUGAGGACUUCUCGUUUGUCAGCCCAGUUGUGAAGUAUCUGCUGUUCCUUUUUAAUUUCAUGUUUUGGAUAAUCGCCCUAGUGAUGGUGUCAAUCGGUGUGUAUGCCCGCAUGAUGAAACAUGCAGAGGCAGCGUUGGCCUGCCUGUCAGCGGACCCUGCUGUCAUGCUGAUGGUCGUGGGGGUCCUCAUGUUCAUCAUCACCUUCUGCGGUUGUGUGGGCUCCCUGCGAGAAAACAUCUGCCUCCUGCAGACAUUCUGUAUAUCUCUGACAGUGAUCUUCCUGCUCCAGCUCAUUGCUGGUAUCCUGGGCUUCGUCUUCUCAGACACGGCACGGAGUAAAGUGACUGAGAUGAUCAACAGUGCCAUCGUCCACUAUAGAGAUGACAUUGAUCUGCAAAACCUUAUUGAUUUUGGUCAGAUAGAGUUUGGCUGCUGUGGUGGAGUGACGUACACUGACUGGUCCCAGAACAUGUAUUUCAACUGCACCAAGGACAACCCCAGCAGAGAACGAUGUUCUGUCCCCUUCUCCUGUUGCAUCAUAUCCAAAGACAAGGUGGUUAUCAACACCAUGUGCGGCCAGAACAUGCAGGAUUUAGAGUACCUUGAAGCUGGAAACCACAUCCACACCAAUGGCUGCAUAGAUAAAUUAGUCAACUGGAUUCACAGCAAUCUGUUCCUACUUGGAGGCAUUGCACUGGGAUUGGCCAUACCGCAGCUGGUCGGGAUCCUCCUGUCUCAAAUUCUUAUCAACCAGAUCAAAGACCAGAUCGAGCUCCAGAACUACAACCUCAGACACCGCUCUGACCCAUGGAGCUGACCCAGACCACACCAGAUUCUGAUGAACGAGACCAUACAUGAUGAUACACGCAGCUGGGGAACUAUUUAUGCCACUUCUCUGAAAAAAAAAGAAGUCUGUCAUUCCAGUAUAAGUAUCCAGUCUUAUUCCUCUUGGAUUUAAAAAGGAAACAGAUGGAGAAACAGGACUCUGUCGCCACCCAGUGGACGCAGACCAUGCUUGCAUUUACCAUUUAACAUUUUACAGUAGUUAAAGCAGAGGCAAAGGAGGUAUUUAGUGUUUGGGGUCAAAUUGACAGGAUUGUAUUGACCUUUAGUCAAAAACUGAAGUCAGUGUAAUCUGCAACAAAACACGUUUCAUCCUUUCUUUUUUUUUGAGAUGCCAAACUGGAGUCGGAGGUAGAAUAUAUCUAUAGAUCCUCGUUGCUGCACCUGUUAACUAACUGAAAAGGGAAAAGUAUUUUCAAAAAUGUAUUGUUUUGCAGACUCUUUGAGAAAAAUGUCAGACUUAAUGUCCUCUCCGUGCUCAGCUGUGCUGCUUAUUGUUGCAAGCAUCUGUGAGGUGAUUGUGACAUUUAAUGGAAAAUAUAUCACAUAUAGUUUUUAUUCAUGUUUUAGAAAUAUGUUUCCUGCAAUAUGCAUUUUUAUAACUCCGUGGAUAUAAUACCUGUGUUAAAUAGAAAGGCCAGCAUACUUGAUACAUUAGUGAUGGUAAAGCAUGAGCAAUCCACAUUUUCCACUUGAUGUCUAGUUGUCUACACUUUCACAAGCCUGUGUGUUAAAAUAAGUAUUUACAUCUAGAUUCCAGAAAUGCCUUGUACCCCUGUUACAGUAUAAUAAACAUUUUUUUUAACGUAA